AUGGGUAAUGCUAAAUCAGCCAUGCUGAUCCUCGUACUAGCAAUGCUCAUCGCAUGUGCCACGGCCAUGGACAUGUCCGUCGUUUCCUACGACGAAGAUCACCACGUGACCACCAGUCCCGACCGCAGCCAGAGCGUUUUCGACGCUGAGGCUGUGUUGAUCUUCGCGUCAUGGAUGGUCAAACAUGGGAAAGUGUACGACUCCGUUGCCGAGAAGGAACGGCGGUUAACGAUUUUCGAGGACAACCUCCGUUUCAUCACUAACCGGAAUACUGAGAAUCGCAGUUAUCGACUCGGUUUAACCCGGUUUGCUGAUCUAUCUCUCCACGAGUACAACGAAGUUUGUCACGGGGCUGAUCCAACACCACCUAGGAACCACGUGUUUACGACUACUACCAACCGAUACACCUAG